GCCAGUGGCAUUACAGCCACGCUGUCCUUGUCUUUGCUCUUCUUCCUGGUCAAUCGUUUGCGACAGCGUAAGAUGCGGGCACGCGAGAACCGCCAGAAUACGGAGGAUCAGCGCAGCAUUGUGGGCAGCAUUGGCUAUAUUGCCGGCAACAUGGGCUACAUGGAGGGCAAUCUGAGUGCAAUUGAUUAUUCGUAUGGCGGCGCCACCACCCAUUAUCCACUCUGGAAGCCACCAAGCGGCUAUUUUCCGCGUGGAGAGGCACCGCCGCCCUAUGAGGAAGCCGUGGCCAUAUCUCAGGCGGAGGCGUUAAGCGCUCAGUGCACCGUCACACUGCCCAGCCAUGUCCAGCGCCAGGCUCUGGCCAGCGUCAGCCAGCAGCAGCAGCAGCUACAGCAGCAACACCAACAGCAGCAGCAGCAGCAACAAUUGCAGCAGCAGCAGCAGCAGCAAUUGCAACAGCAGCAUUUACAACAACACACGCUACAAUUGCACACACAACCACAGCAGCAUCCACAUCCACAUGCAUAUGCCCAGCAGAUGGUGCCUGUAACUGCGUCGCAUCCGCACGCACAUCAAUUGAGCGCCGCUGCUGCGGCGGCAGCUGCUGCACAAUCCAAUCAGUACACACAGAGUACUACAAAUCUGAUCAAUAUAAAUAUCAAUAGCGGCGGCGUCACCACAAUUGCCACUGGCGAGAAUCAUCAGCCGCCUUACAGCUUACAAAGCGAGCAGCAGCAGCAUCAGCUGCAGCAGCAACAGCAACAGUUGCAACAGCAGCAGCAGCACCAGCUGCAGCAACAGCAACAGCAACAGCUGCAGCAGCAGCAGCAACAUCAGCUCAGCCUGGAGCAGCAGCAUCAGCAGCAACUGCAGCAAUUGUCGGGGCCGGCGCCGGCGGCCAACAAUUCGAUUUGUGUGCAGACCCUGCCCACGCCCAAGCCCACUGUUAGCAGCGAGUGCAGCUAUAAGAAUUGCCAUCUAAAUAUAAGCGCCAGUGUAACCACCGCUGCCACAACUGGCAGCGCUUCCAGCUCCCUGGCCUAUGCAGCGGCACGUCGCACGCCGCGCGGCUCACAAGAGCUGCUGCACCAGCAACAGCCACAGCAGCAGCAGCAGCAGCAAUAUCUCACUGUAGCCGACGUGGAGAUCAAUGCGAGUGCCAGUGCCGCCAGCUAUCAUUCAUUGCCCGCCACAAGCGAGAUGCUGGCCACGCCCACACACCAUCUUACACAGCUGCAGCAGCAACAUCAGCAGCAGCAGCAGCAGCAACAAUUGCUGGCAGCAGCAUUGUCCACAACCGCCAUAGACAUGCUGCCGCCAAUGGAAAUAGCGACCAUAACCACAGCAGCCACAUCGAGCAGCAGCGGCAAAGCUGAUUCGGUUACUCAAACGCUGCCUCUGCCUCAGCAGCAGCAGCAGCAGCAGCAGGGCAGCAAAACGCCCUCCAGUUCGCGUCGCUAUCAUCGCACCAUACCGCGCUAUUUUGCCAUGGCUGAUCCACUGCAGGUGGUCACCGUCAAGCCAAAGUCCAGUUCCAGCUCCAGCGGCAGCGCCAGCUCCAGCUCCACGGACAAGGCGACAAAGAAGCCCAUGUGCCAGUGCCCCAUACAGCAUGUGCCCAUGUCCUAUAUGGGCAGCAAUGCCAAUGCCAAUGCAAAUGCAUUUCUCAACGGCGCCGGCAAACUGUUUGCCUCAACUGGCAGCAAUGCGUGCGCCCUGUCACCCAGCGCCAGCACACGGCACUCCGCCACGCUGGCCUAUGGCCAACGCGCCAAGUCUACAACUAGUCUGCAGCAGCAGCAGUACGGCCAGGAGCUUCUGAUUGGCAGCGGUACGCGAAAUUCCAGCGCUCAGGAGCCAAAAAUUGCCACCAUUUCGAAGCAGGUGGGCGAUGAGCUGCAGCCACAUCCUUCGCACACGUCGAGCAGUGUCUCGUCUAUAAUACCGCCGCCGCCGCUGCCGCAUCACGAGGAUGUCAGCGCGCCGCCAAUUGUGCUCGGCCGUGUACAGAAGCGUUCCAGCAGCUCGAGCAGCUCUGCCGAACGUACACGGAGCAGCAGCGGGGGCGCACGCAGUGCAUCCAGCAGUGGAGCGGCUGCUGCUACCCAGACCGGCGUCGAUGUGCUCUCCAGCGCCUAUUUGAAUCGAAAGGUUGAUGCCUACUUGAAUCUAACGCAGAAACAGCAGCAACAUUUUUAUAACCAGCAAGAACAACAACAACAACAUCAACAGCAGCAGCAGCAGCACAGCUCGAUCAACGAUCAAAGCAAUCCAACUUUACCACCGAAACUCUACAAAAGCCUAACGAAUUUAAAAACAGCGACAACAACAACAACAACUGCCACCAGCAGCUGCAGCAGCGGCAGCGGGGGCAACAACAAUGCGGUGGCCACCAUUUAUACGCUAAGCAAAUCGACAAAUAGUAGCGUGUAUCAGAGGAAGGAGCAAACGCCAACGUUAACGCUGCCGCCGACCAGUCCCUCGUCCAGCUGCGGCGAGAAGACGAACAGCAAGAUCAACUCGAGCACAUUUUAUCCGCUGGCCAACAAUCAUGUGACCUAUACGCUGCCCAAGCACAUUAGCGGCAAGAUCUCGCUGAACAGCACCAUCAACAGCGUGGUCAGCAAAGUGCCAUCGGUGAUCAGCAUACCGCCGCUGGAGAACAACAAUGAGAAGCCGACGACGACUGGUAAAAGCACCACACUGCCAAAGAUACUGCGCGUAAAACGCGACAGCGAAAGGAGCUCAGCGGCGAGCACAGGCGCAACGGCAGCGACUAGCAGCAGUUUGGCCAUUGCCCAUUGCCAGAUGCCCAGCUAUCCGCAGCUGGUGGCCAAGGUGCAGAGUGGACGCAGUGGCACGCCCAGCAAACAGCUGCCUGUGUGCACCACAUCGAAGAACUGUUUGAAUCCUAACGAGCAUUUCUUGCCCAACGACACUAGCCUGGACGACGACUAUCUAAGCGAAUGCGAGAACUGCAAGAUCGCACAGAGUGCCAAAUAUUAUCUGAACGCGGAGCUGAGCGGUGGCGGGGGCAAUGCGCUAACGCCGCAAGAGACCAUGACGCUGCAGCGCAAAUCUCUGGAGGAGACCAAAGAGGAGCCACACGAUAGCUAUUAUCGCAGCUCGCACACGCUGCCUAGCAAUGCCAAAAAGCAUGGUGUCAGCAAAAACAACAAUCGCGAGGCGUGGCAAUUCUCGACGAUACCCGCGGCCAGUUCAUCGGAUGAGGAUGUCAACGAAUGAGAUUUGAGCCAUUUUCUUUAAGAUGCCACACCCAAAUCCAAAUGCCAAAAUGUGCAUCCUAAAGAAAACGCAGGCUUCUAAUUCAAUAUCCAACCCAAAUGGCAUAUACAAACAACUAGAUAAAACCCCAAUGAAAAGAAUACUAAAUAUAUUUGUAAAAGAUUAUGUUCUAAAAUUAGCUAUAUACUUAUAAUAUAUAUGUACUUUCAAAUUGCUCAAACAACAUGAUUAUAUAUAUAGAUAUAUAUAUGUAGCUAUGAUACCCAGCAUUGGAAUGUAAAAUUAGCUUAUUUCUGCACAAGUCUAUGUAUAUUUGUAACUAUGUAAGUAUUUAAAAUUGUAUUAUAAUAGAGUUGCAAAAAUUAUUGAAACCGUUAGAGAAAAGCUCAAAAUUGUUACAAGAUGAUAUGUUAAAAAAAAAGCGAAUAGCAAAAACGAAACACAUAAAUUAAGUAGACAGACUUCAUAAGAAACUUGAUCUUUAUAUGGAUAUAUGUGUAUGUGUGGGUAUCCAGUUGAUAUCAAAACAAAAAUUAAAAAAAACUAAAUCCAAUUUUGCCAAUGUUAACUGUCAAUGAAUAUGUAUUAUAUAUGUAUGUAUAAUAUCUAACAACAUUUUCUUUAAAUGUAAGCUGACCAAGUUACUGUCAUUUUCCCUCGGCACACAAAAGUGAAUAAACAUUCAUGAAUACUGCAUACACUCACACUCCCAUUCUAAAUGUAAAUGUCAAUACCCAAUGAAUCUCUAUUAUAAGAGCUCAAGUAAGCAAGAAUAAGUUGGAAAAAUGCAAAUAAAUGUAUGUGUUAUAUAUUAAGUAUACGCAAGGAUAACCAACAGCACUUUAAGGUGUUCAAUGUAUGUAAGUGAAUCUAUAUAAAUAUAUCUAUUAUUAGAUUGAUUUCUUGUUCAAGGAAUAAUGUAAUAAUGUACUUGUUAAAUGGUAUCUAUAAAAUAGUAUUCUUCUAAUUGUGUUUUACGUUCAUUGUAUUAUAUAUUAUUUAUUAGGAAUAUCUAUUGAUAAUACCAUGCAGACUUAUGAAAAAUAUUCAAAACAAAAAAUAUUGUUGUACACAUAAUGGACACAUUUCUCGUGAGUCCCGCAUUUUUAUCUUGUAAGAAAUGCAUUACAUAUUGAAGUCUAAACGACAUAAUUACACUAU